AUGGUUGCUCUAGGAAACUUUUCUGUACGUCUUGUUAAUGCAGAGACAAAGGAGCCUUUCAAGGAACAUGGAGGCCCAGAUGGCAAGAUCUAUGCAGAGGUGGAGCCAGGCCUGGACUACUUUAUUGAAACAGAAGUGGUUGGUGGAGAUGAUCCUGAGAAAAGGUUCCUGAUCCGAAUCUUUGUGGAUGGCAAGAAGUUGAGCUAUAGGUCUUCGCAAAGCAAAUCGGGUGGUAAACGGUACAGAGGAAUCUGGUCAGUUGAAAACAGAGUUCAAAAGUCUCAGGCAUUAUCCUUUCAGAAACCUACUCUUGUUGGGGGUGCUUCAUCUGCAGGGAGCAACUCCCUUUUUGGUGUUGUCAAAGUUGAGAUCUUAGAAACCAUCAGCAGAUGUACGAAGAAAAGGGUGGACCAUUCCCCUAGCUCAAUGGAUGUGGCGGCAAUUGACAGCGAUGCAACUGGAUUAUCACCUGGCCAAACAAAGCAGGCCGUGCGUUCUGGAAAGGGGCACAACAUUGAAACAAGGCAACUUGAAGAAACAUACACAUCCUACAUGCCUGGAAAGCUUCUCCAAACCUUUACAAUCCACUACUGCACUGUUUGGGGUUUGAUUAACGAGGGUGUCCUGCAAAAGCCAGAUUACUGGGAAGCUGCUCGCAUGAAGCAUCCCUGCAAGCGCCCUGCUAAUCAGAACAUUCCUGUGCAACCAAAACGCUUCAAAAGGGAGGGAUUUGUCGCAGGUGGUGUGACAAUGGUGGCCCCAAAGGAAUUUGAGCUCUUUGACUUGACUACCACGGCCGAGGAGGUUCCAAGUGAAGACUGA